CCACGGUUCUCAGUCUCUGUUUGUCCCCGAGCUAUACGAAGCUUGACCGUUCCCACGAGGGCCAGGGGUUUGACCGUACCGGAAUCACCGCUUCGCUGCUCGUCAUAUGGGAACGUGGCCAUUGGGCAUCAACAAACGCUGUUCACAUAGUAGGCUUGCUUCAAUGCCUCUUGUGUGAUUGCCAGGAUACUGUGCAGUGUCGACAGAUCCAAGGCAGCGAAUAAGUGAUUCGAACCGCCCCGGCCCCUUACAUUCCAUUGGGCAUCCACCCGAUCCUUUGACGAUGUACUAUAUUCUCUACCUUGCCAGUCUCUGCCGACGCCGGCGCUGGCCAGAACCCCAGUACGAAUCCUAUGCCAGCACAUCCGGAUUCACCUGCACCGUCCGCGUCAACAAUCGUGAGUACCAGACGGAUAUCGUUUGCGAGAACGAGACCCUGGCUCGGGAAGGCGCAGCGAUGCGGGCCUACCUCAUCUGCCGCAAUUUCUCCGUCAACGACGGCAUGUAUCCGGCGGGUCACGACCACGGCGGCGUGGUCCAGGGCAUUCCGGUCGCGAUCGGUACCGGUCGAAAGCCUCGCUAUGGGGACGACACCGACAUCUCGACCAGCGGCGAGAGCAGGAGCGGAGGCAGCAGCCCUGAAAGCUACGAGGGCGGGCGAAUCGAUCGUGACCGACCCGUCGGGCCGUCGAGGGCUUUGGCAUUCGAAAGCCGUGGCCCGUAGAUAAAAUCCUGCUCAUCGUCCUGGUCGAGAAAUAAUCGUUCACUGGUUUCAACAAAACACGCAGUCGCCACAGGAGGGAAAAGAAAAGAAUCGGCAAAAAAAAAACUUUGAUGACGUUACGAAUUA